CCAAGAAAAAGAUGCCACAUAAACAAGUCUAAUACUACAACUUUCCAUUCCCACAAAAGAAAUAAAACCAUACCCUAAAAUUCAUUUAAACCCAUCAAAGCUUAAUUACAUGCACCCAAUUUAAUCACAUACCAAAAAAAAUAAAAAUCAUUCAUCAUCACUACCCUUCACUUACAAUCAUAUACCCUAAUACCCAUAUAGUCAAAUCACCAAACUUGUUCAUCAAUAUAUUAAAUCUCAUCCUCAAGUUAAAUUUCUUAACCCAAACUAUAGUUUAUAUUUCAAAAUGUUAUUAAAGUCCAAUUCUUUAGACUUUAUGGUGCUACCAAAAAUAUUUCUUGUUAUUUUGAUGAUAAUUUCUUUUGCUGCUACACCAAUUCUUGGCUUGGAAUCAAGAAAACUUGAUGAUACUACACUGCCUUCUACACCAACUGAUGUGAAGUGUGCUCCUUGUGAUCCAUCACCUCCACCGCCACCACCGCCGUCACCGUGUCCUCCUCCACCUGCCUUGCCACCACCAGUGCUUCCACCGCCAUCUCCAAAGAAACCACCGUCAAGUUACUGCCCUCCACCACCACCGGCAUCUUUUAUUUACAUAACUGGUCCACCAGGUAAUUUGUAUCCUAUUGAUAGUGAUUUCGGUGGUGCUGGCAGAUCAACUGGGGUGUCUAAUUUGAUUGGAUGUGGUUUGUUAGGAAUUUUGCUAAUAAUUGGACUUUGAGAAAGUGCAUAAAUCAAGAUUCUAAAGGUUUAAAAAAGGAGAUUUAUUUUUUGUGUCUAGAAAUAUUUUAGUACUUUUUCUUGCUUUAUCUCCUAAUUGUUAAAUAAUUAAUCCAAAGUUACAGUCCUUUUAUUAUUGUUCUUGAUCCAAAUAACAAUCUUCAUUUUCAUGUAGAUGUUCAUAAUCUGAUUUUAUGUUCUAUUAACAUAUAUAUAAAUUACUCUGUCUUUUAUUUUA